GUGGAAAAUACUACUAUGAAUCCAUCGACUUCACAAUUCGAAACUUCUGAUGCAUUUACAGGUGAUGAUACCACUCCAGGAGAUAUGACAAAUUACACUGAGAAUGCAUCCUCUACAUAUACCGGUACAGUGACUAUUCCAUUAAUCACUGCUCCCUCAGAAUAUCUAGAUACUUCUAUAUUACGGAUAACAACUACAACUAUUCCUGACAAAGUUCCAGAAGGACUUGCUGGAUGGAAAAUUGCAUUGAUUGUCAUUGGAUCGGUUCUUGGCGUUCUUUUACUAGUCGGAGUAAUUGUUCUUAUUAUAUGGAAAAAGAAAUCCAGACAAACACUUCCAUCUGACAUACCUAUGCAAAUUCGACACACUACUAGUGAACAAAUCGUUCAAAAACCAGUACCAAAGCCGAAACCGAUUGUUUGGCAACCAACAGUAUCAUCAAGAACUUCCUCAGCAUCAUCAGAACAAAGCGAUAGACAACAUAAAUAUGAUCGAAUAAGACAAGCAUCAUCGUCAAGAAGAUCAUCGCCGCCGACUGCUCGACAACAAAGACAUCGUCACCAACGACAAGACUCAGAUGACGAUAACGAUUUUCAAUCAAAAAGAUCACAGCCUCCAUCAUCAAAACUGAAUGAUCGACAACAAAGACAUCGUCACCAACGACAAGAUUCAGAUGACGAUAACGAUUUCCAAUCAAAAAGAUCACAGCCUUCAUCAUCACAAGUGAAUGAACGACAACAAAGACAUCGUCAUCAGCGACAAGACUCAAACGACGAUAACGAUUUCCAAUCGAAAAGAUCACAGCCUCCAUCAAAACUGACUGAUCGACAACAAAGACGUCGUCAACGACGACAACACUCGAACGACGAUGAUAAUUUUCAACCAAAAAUAUCACAGCCUCCAUCAACAUCACAUAAUCAUUCAAGUCAUCAACAACAUCGACAGAAGCAACGACGAUCACAAGUAUCAGAUUCUGAACAAUAUUCUUACCCAUCAGGAUCUCAAUCGAUUCCAGUACCUGUGGAUCCUGUUUAUCAACAUCAAGUUCCUCGUGGUCGACGAAGACCAUUACCACCUAUCUCAUACGAUUAA